CCUCCCUCCUCCCAACUUCACUCUUCUCUUCAAUCCCUUUUUCUCUUGAUUUUCUUUUCCCCCAAACAGACCUAUCAUUCCCCGGAAUCCCCAAUCCACAAUUCCAAAAUGAUCCUCCGCCUCUGUUACAGAACCCGUCGCUACUGCCACUACCUCUUCCCUCAUCACCGUCGUCGCCAUAAUCACGGCCCUUCAUUUUCCUCUUCCGCUUCCGGAAACCCCAACGAACCCCUCAACAAUCUCCAAAAUUCCAAUCAAGUCACACAGCCACUGCCAAUCCUCCACCGCCGCUUAAACCCUCUCUCUCCUCUCCCCAACGCCUCAACUCUCCCUCGCACCGCCGCCAUUGCCCUCUCCGCCACAUUUGCCUCCGCCCUGAUCGCCUCGUACGUCCUCGUCGCCACCGACUCCGACGACAAGCCGUACAACCCUCUCUACGACAGCGUCCGACACGCCGUCCUCAAAUCCACCGAGUCCUUCAGAAGACUUCUCCAUCACGCCAAACAGACGGGCGUCGCCGCCUCCGUCCUCUGGCACUCUCUCAGCUCCGUCUUGUCCUCUGCCAACCACGAGGUCCGCUCUGGCUUCGAGCUUCGUGUUGCAGCUCUCCUUGCGGACAUCGCCGCUGCCAAUGCCAGCCGCAGGGCCGCCAUUGUUGGGGCUGGAGGUGGCGCCGUUGUUGAUUGGCUGCUCGAGUCGGUGGCGGUCCCUAGAGAUGGGUAUGGGACCCAGGUCGAGUCGGCCAGGGCUCUCGCCUUCUUGAUCGCCGAUCCUAAUGUGUCCCCAGCCGUGCUCGGCAGGCCUGGCGCUGUUCCUAAUCUCUUGAGGUUCAUUUUCUCGUGCCAGCCUCAGCCGUCUAAAAAGCGUUCAAGACAUAGUUCACUCGAUGUUUCUGAAAAUUUGAAAGGCAGGAGCAUGCUUGUAGCUGCCAUUAUGGAUAUCGUCACAUCCAACUGUGAUAGUAUAGAAAAGGUGUCUUUUAAGCCAUCCCUGUCAGGGAAUGCUGAAACACGGGAUAUAGCAGCUGCCAUUGAAGUUAUUGAAGACGGUGGCAUGCGUUUGGAUGAGUCACAUGAAAAUGAAGAUGAUGAAGACGGUGACAGUGGAAUAAAGGGGAUUGGUAUUAAGGUUCUUGGGGGUACAUCAGUUUUAGGCCUAUCAAGAACACAUCCCGUUGUGAAGCUGGGGAGUUCUGAUACUAGUGAUUUGGGAUUAACAAGGCUUACUACACAAAGUCUUGUCCUGCAAAAUAAGCAUGACAGUUCACUAGCACAAAGCAAUUUGUCUUCUGCUGUUGUUCCUGGGCUCUGGGAUGAUUUGAAUUGUCAACAUGUUGCUGUUCCUUUUGCUGCAUGGGCAUUGGCUAACUGGGCGAUGGCAUCAGAUGUGAAUAGAUCACGCAUACAGGAAUUGGAUGCAGAUGGGCAAGCUGUCAUGACUGCUUUAAUGGCGCCUGAGAGAUCAGUAAAAUGGCAUGGGAGUUUGGUGGCUCGCUUGCUAUUAGAGGAUCAGAAUAUACCUUUGAGUGAUUCUGUUUCUGAUUGGAGUUCCAGUCUUCUUUCUACUGCAUCUCAGGCAACUAAAAAUGAAGACAUUCCUUUGGCUCGGGUGGCUUUGUCAGCAUUCUUGGUUUCUGUUGAGAAAAGCCCGGGAGCACAAAAGAUAGUUAUGGAAAAGGGUCUUCAUCCAUUGAGAGACACUGCUAAGCGAACUAUGAAGCAUAAUCAUGUGCAAGAAACAUUAGCAAAAGCAUUGGAAUUGCUUUGUACUGGGGACUUGAAUUUACCUCUUGAAGAGGGUCACAGGUGGUCUGCUGUAUUGCUACCUUGGGUUUUUGGAAAAUCUUCCUCUGACGCUAUACGUUUGUCAGCUAUAAGAAUCCUUUCUCGCAUUCUCGAAGACAAUGGACCAUAUUCUGUACCAAUUUCUCAAGGAUGGUUAGCUAUUCUGCUUACAGAAAUUAUGGCUUCCAAAAAGGCAUCAUCAACUAAAGGAACCACUCAGCCUAGUUCUGUCAAAGUGAAGACUCAAAUUGAUCAGGCGAACAUGCUUUCCGCUGCGCAGAGUACUAACCAGUUAGUGGCAGCUGUUGUUAAUCUAGCAGGAAAUGCGCUUGGAACAACCACCAAUUCUGUUGAUACAUUUCCACUGGCAGAUCUUCUUUCCACGGAACCUUUUUCUGGGACAUUUAAAACUCUAAAGAAAGAUAGUGUGCCUAAGGUUAAUGUGGCAGAUUCUGCAAUGGCAACCCUGAAGGGAAUCAAAGCACUGACUGAAGUUUGUGCUGAUGAUUCUUUAUAUCAGGAGAAAAUAACAGAUUUUGGGGUUUUAUGUUUGUUGAGACGGUUUUUGUUACGUGAUGAUUAUGAGAAACUUGCUGCCAUAGAAGUGUAUGAUGCUUCUAAGACGCUUGAGGCACAAGAGCGACCCUCAAAUGUACCUGGAGAAUCAUCUAUUUCAGAAAGUAAUGAUCCAUCUAGUGUCCGGGUUCCACCUACAGCUCACAUCCGCAGGCAUGCAGCAAGGUUGUUAACUAUCCUCUCUCAACUUCCGAAAGUCCAGAAAAUCAUCAUAGCAGAUGAAACUUGGUGUAAAUGGCUUGAGGAUUGUGCUAACGGUGGGAUCUCAGGUUGCAGUGAUCUCAAAACACAAAGUUAUGCUAGAGCAACACUUAUAAAUUUAUUUUGCGGUCGCCAAAUUAAUAGAGAUUCUGCAAAUGAUGACAUUCCUGAUUCUGGUAUUGCAAAUGGAAACAAAAAUUGUCCCCGGUAUGAUGACAUGAUAUUUUUAAUUAAUCCUGAACUACCCCAUUGGACUUGUCCUGAAAAUAACGAUCAACACACUGUUCAAAUGGAUGCAUCCUCUUCGGAUGAAGCUAGUUCUCUUGACGGUGAGGAUAGGUCUGUCCCCAGAUUUUCAAAUGAUGUUAACAUAUCCAGUUCUGUGGAUGCAUCUCACAGUGGCGCAGGCACAAGGGAACCUCCUCUUCUGGAUGUCGUUUUUGUCCAUGGUCUCCGUGGAGGGCCAUAUAAGACUUGGCGCAUCUCCGAGGAUAAGUCAUCCACUAAAUCUGGCUUAGUAGAGAAGAUUGAUCAGGAAGCAGGAAAGCUUGGAACAUUCUGGCCAGGUGAAUGGCUUUCAGCUGACUUCCCUCAAGCGCGUAUGUUUAGCCUUAAGUACAAGACAAAUCUAACACAAUGGUCUGGCGCUAGCCUGCCUCUUCAGGAAGUUAGCUCAAUGCUGUUAGAGAAGCUUGUUUCUGCAGGUAUUGGGAAUCGCCCUGUUGUUUUCGUGACUCACAGCAUGGGAGGUCUGGUUGUUAAGCAGAUGCUGCACAAAGCAAAAUCAGAUAAUCUCGAUAACCUUGUGAAAAACACCAAAGGAGUUGUUUUCUAUAGCUGUCCACAUUUUGGAAGCAAACUUGCAGACAUGCCUUGGAGGAUGGGACUGGUGUUUCGUCCAGCACCAACUAUAGGAGAGCUAAGAAGUGGGUCUCCAAGAUUAGUAGAGCUUAAUGACUUUAUCCGCCACCUUCACAAGAAGGGGCUGCUUGAUGUCCUCAGUUUCUGUGAGACCAAGGUAACUCCAAUUGUUGAAGGUUAUGGAGGAUGGGCCUUCCGAAUGGAAAUUGUACCAAUUGAAUCAGCAUAUCCCGGAUUCGGUGAACUCGUUGUAUUAGACUCAACGGAUCAUAUAAACUCUUGCAAACCACUCAGCCGCACUGAUCCCUCAUAUACAGAGAUACUAGGGUUCUUGUGGAAGCUGAAAGCCAAAUACAAGAGACAAUAGUGUAAAGAAAGCAUGCCUCAGAAAUUGUGUUCAAGAAUCAUCCAAAUACCGAAACCAGACCUUGCCGGUGUUUUUUUGUAUGAAUGUGGGUCUGGUCAGGUGUCGCCACACCGAGUCGCACUGAGUCACAUCGAGUCACACCUUGGUGGAAACGGAACCAAAAGCAUAUUUUUGACAUGUGAGAGUUAGCCAGGCAUUCUGUAUAUCAGAAACUAUUCUAACCCGCUUUGAUCAAUUAGCGGAGUUGUUUAUGUACACUAGAAUUGUCAAUUGUCAUCCAACAGAAGCAGAUAGGGCGGAUUCUUUUGUACAUUAUCAUCCAGAAUCCCCACCCUCACAAGUUGUCAAUCUUUAACCAUUAUUCUUUGUGUACUCAUUUUACAUUGUUAAUAUACUUUGUAGAGUAGCUAGCUUCAUGACAAAGAUGUUGUAUCGUCAUGUAUGUACUCUCAAAUUGUUAUACUAGUGAACAAUUUUUAUUGUAAAUUACUCGAAGUUACUAUAA